GACGAGGUCCCCCUGCUGCUCGGCCCCGGUGCCGGCGAACUCUUCGAGCUUUAUGACAAGUACCGCGCCGCGCCCGACUCGGUCGGCGCGGCCUGGCGCAAGUUCUUCGACGACCUGGACGAGGGCGCGCGCCGGAUGCUGACCGGCGAGCUGGCGGCCCAGGCCGCCAACGACGUCGGCGCCGGCUCCUCCGCCCUGAUCGCCCAGUCGAUGACCGGCGCGGGCGGCAACCUGACCGCCGAGCACCUGCGCCGCGCCACGGUCGAUUCCAUCCGCGCGCUGAUGCUGAUCCGCGCCUAUCGGGUGCGCGGCCACCUGGAGGCGGAGCUCGACCCGCUGGAUCUGACCGCGCGAGAGGCCCACCCGGAGCUGGACCCGCGCACCUACGGCUUCGGCGACGAGGACCUGGACCGGCCGAUCUUCAUCGACGGCGUGCUCGGCCGCGAGACGGCGACGCUGAAGGAGAUCGUCGAGAUCUGCCGCAUGAUCUACUGCGGCUCGAUCGGCGUCGAGUUCAUGCACAUCCAGGACCCGGACCAGAAGCGCUGGAUCCAGGAGCGCAUCGAGAACGAGGGCGCGGAGUCGAUGAUCCCGGGCCUGGAGCAGAUCCUCAAGCGCGGCGGCCAGCUCGGCCUCAAGGAGGUGGUGCUCGGCAUGCCCCACCGCGGCCGGCUGAACGUGCUGGCCAACUUCAUGGGCAAGCCCUUCCAGGCGAUCUUCCACGAGUUCCGCGGCGGCGCCGCCCACCCCGAGGACGUCGGCGGCUCCGGCGACGUCAAGUACCACCUGGGCACCUCCAGCGACCGCGAGUUCGACGGCAACACCGUCCACCUCUCGCUGACCGCCAACCCCUCCCACCUGGAGGCGGUCAACCCGGUGGUGGUCGGCAAGGUGCGCGCCAAGCAGAUGCAGCGCGAGGACAGCGACCGCACCCAGGUGAUGGCGCUGCUGCUGCACGGCGACGCCGCCUUCGCCGGCCAGGGCCUG